CAGCCACACAGGAGUACGACCUUCAAACGCUGGCAAAUAUGAUGAUGAUGAAAGUAGAAGAGCUGGUGACUGGGAAGAAAGCAGACGAUAAAGAGACUGGCAGCUUCCUCCCUGAGGACUUCAAAAAUGGAGAGUAUGAAGCUGCAGUAAGAUUAGAGAAGCAGGAGGACCUAAAGACAGUCUCUGCACACUCACUGACCCGAGGUGAUCUGGCUUAUGAGAAGGAGAAAAAGACAGAAGCAGAGCUGAAGAAGAAGAAAUUAGAGGAGAGGUCAAAACUUGAAAACUUGGAGGAUCUUGAAAAAAUUAUUCAGCUGAAGAAGAAGAAAAAAUGCAAGAAGGUGAAAGCUCCUGUUGUAAAGGAACCUGAACCAGAAGUUAUUACAGGACCAGUGGAUAUACCCACAUUCUUCAGAGCUGCAUUGGAGAAUAAGCUGCCAGUAAUCGAAAAAUACCUGUCAGACAAAGGAGAUCCAAAUGUCUGUGAUGAGUACAAACGCACCGCAUUGCACAGGGCAUGCUCUGAAGGACAUCUAGAGGUGGUGAAAAAGUUGGUGGAGGCUGGAGCCCGGCUUGAACAGAAAGACAUGCUUGAAUCUACAGCCCUGCACUGGGCGUGCCGGGGAGGGAACCUGGAUGUUCUGAAAUUCUUACUGGACAAAGGGAUAAACAGAAAUGCAAGAGACAAGCUGCUCAGCACCCCUCUGCAUGUGGCUGUGAGAACGGGACAGUAUGACUGCGGGGAGCACCUCAUUGCCUGUGAAGCAGACCUUAAUGCCAGAGACAGAGAAGGAGACACACCGAUGCACGACGCCGUUUUUUUUAUGAUCAGGCUUCUGAUUCUGUAUGGAGCAGAUCUAACUAUAAAGAACUGUCAAGGGAAAACCCCUAUGGAUCUUGUUCUUCAGUGGCAGAAUGGCACCAAAGAGAUAUUCAACAGCCUGAAAGACAAUUCCUACAAGAGCAUCCAUCUAGGCAAGUCCUGA